UUAGGGUUUCUGGACGGGUGGGGAAGGGUGAUUCCGCCUCUUUGCUGGGGUGAAGAGAAGAGACGAUGAAGUUCGGGAAGGAGUUCGGCACGCACCUGGUGCAGACGUUGCCGGACUGGCGGGACAAGUUUCUCUGCUACAAGCCCCUCAAGAAGCUCCUCAAGCAGAUUGCCGUUGCCGACCCUGCUGGGUCGGCCGGUUUCUACGACGGCUUUAACGUCAACGGAUCGGCUUCCUCCGUUCCCCGGUCCGCCGGGAAUGGCGUUGAGCCCGGGCAUAUGUUGGAUGGGCUCGGAGGCGACGGAAUUAGGCUUUCGACUCUGGAGGAGUGGUUCGUGGGCCUUCUUGAUCGCGAGUUGGAGAAGUUCAAUGACUUUUACGUUGAUAAGGAGGAGGAGUUCAUCAUUCGGUUGCAGGAGCUGAAGGAAAGGAAAGGAUUGAAUGGCAGAAACAGAAAACUCAUGGUAACGGUGAUUUGACGUUUGAGAGUGAGUUCCUGAGGAGAUGAUAGUCAUCAGAAAUGACUAUGUUGCCAUCCAUGGGGAAAUGGUACUUUUGGAGAACUAUAGCUCCCUCAACUUCAUAGGAAGUGCUUGCUCUUUCUUACUUUAGCUAUAAAAGUCAUCUAGUAGUGGUGCCUAAAAGAACUACCAUUUAUAGGUAUUCUGAAAAUUUUGAAAAAGUAUGACAAGAGAACAGGGGCACUAUUGCGCCUACCAUUCACACAGCGUGCUCUGCAUCAACCAUUCUUCACCACGGAGCCCCUUACCAGGCUUGUCCAUGAAUGUGAAGACAAUCUUCAACUUCUUUUCCCCCUGGAGGCAGAGGUUGCUGAACCUCAAGACACAUGCUGAGCAGACUGAUAACUCGAACUCCACCGAGGCUGCGGUAAUCUUCAUGGAAACACCAUUGAAAUUUACCGGAGUACUCUGGCAGCAAUCAGGACAAUACAAGGGCUGAGACGAGAGGGUUCCACUUACAAUCCUUCGUCUUUUGCGUCCGUUUUCCGUGAUCAGGACGAUAAUGAGUCCCGAGCUACAGCAGCUGAAAAAUCCGUUUCCGACUCAUCAACCGUCUUGCAGAAUGAAGAGAGACCAAGAGACGUCAUUUACUGUAAGCAAAGCUGAUUAAAACGUGGUGACUUGUUUUGCUUUUAGUGGAGAGGGUAAAUGUUUGAUGAGAAUAAUUAGAACUUCUACAAAAUGCGUAGCCUGCCUGUAUAAAACUUUGUAACAGUAUUUCCUAAUAAAAUCUCCACGGAACUGUAACUGGUACUUUUUACUGUUAUCAAUAAAAGUUCAACCGAUGACUCUGAGCCGCUUUGUUCUGAA